AGGAGGAGGAGGAAGAGGAGGAGAGAAAAUAAAAAAGGAAAGAAAAACCCCCAGAAAAACCGCUCUCCGGUGGGCGUGGUCACCGGGAUCAGGGCUUCCUGCUCGGAUGAACACGUGGUUCCUCUUCCGCGUCUGCCUUCCUGCUGCCUGUCUGUCAGUGUGUGAAGGUUUUCAGCCCGUCUUCUCUCACUCCUCGCUCUCCCUUUUAUCCUCCCAUACAGCUACAGCAGCACGCCUCCUCUUUUCUUUUUUCUUUUUCUGCCCGCACCUCCACCUCCACCUCCUCUUCUUCCCGCUCCGGCUGCACUUUUCCUCCGUCUCUUUGCGACGGCUUUCCGGGACUGCCGACAGCCAGGCCGCGGUCAACGUGCAUCUGAGAGUAGGAGGGGAGUGUGCGUGCGUGCGUGAGUGUGUGUGUGUGAGAGAGAGGGAGAAAGUGUGUGUGUGUGUGUGUGAGAAAGUGUGUGUGAGUGAGUGAGUGCGUGUGCGCCCGCCCGCCCCGCAACCCCCGUCGCCGCUCUCCUGCCUCCUUUUUCGGUCAUGACGCUGGAAGCGAUCCGCUACCGGACCGGGUCUCUGCAGAUCCUCAACCAGCUGCUGCUGCCACACCAGACCGUGUACGAUGACAUCCGCUCGGUGCAGGACGCUUACGAGGCCAUCAAGUCCAUGAAGGUUCGUGGAGCUCCGGCCAUCGCCAUUGUCGGCUGCCUCAGCCUUGCCGUGGAGCUGCGGGCCGGCGCCGGGGGCGACGACCCCUUGACCUUCAUCAGGGAGUCUCUGUGUCACCUGACCUCAGCCAGGCCCACCGCCGUCAACAUGGGCCGAGCCGCCCGCGAGCUGAUGGAGUUUGCCGAGAACGAGAGCAUGGAGAAGAACUCGGAGCAGCUCAGAGAAAGUGUAAUCGGCUGGAUCGAGGACAUGCUGGAGCGUGACGUCAACGACAACAGGAAGAUCGGUAACUAUGGAGCCCAGCACAUCCUGUCCGGCGUCCCGCGGGACUCGGUGACCAUCCUGACGCACUGCAACACCGGCUCUCUGGCCACGGCUGGAUACGGCACGGCACUGGGUGUGGUGAGAAGCCUCCACGCACUGGGCAGGCUGAAGCGUGUUUACUGCACGGAGACGAGGCCGUACAACCAGGGAGCCAGACUGACUGCGUAUGAGGCCGUAGCAGAGGGAAUCCCUGCUACACUCAUCACAGACAGCAUGGCGGCUCUCACCAUGAGGGAAAUGGACAUCACAGCUGUGGUGGUGGGUGCAGACCGGGUGGUUGCCAACGGUGAUACAGCCAACAAGGUGGGCACGUAUCAGCUGGCCAUCGCUGCCAAGCAUCAUGGGAUUCCUUUCUACGUGGCGGCGCCCAGCACAUCGUGCGACCUGAGCCUGGAGAGCGGCAGGGACAUCAUCAUUGAAGUGCGCCCCCCGGAGGAACUGACCAGUAUAAAUGGAGUCCCCAUCGCUGCCCCGGGUAUCGAGGUGUGGAACCCGGCGUUCGACGUGACUCCUCACCAGCUCAUCACAGGGGGCAUCAUCACAGAGCUGGGAGUCUUCCUCCCCUCUGAGCUGCAGGCGGCGCUCACCGGCCGCCUCACCGCCCUCUAGAGCCUCCUGCUGGUCCGUGUGCACCACUGCACGUUUACGUCACACCAAGAGACACUCUCAUGUCAUCACCGAACACUCACAGUCAUGUGUUGUGUUUUAAUUUUGUUCAGCACACAGUCACUGUUACAUGUCAGUGGUGCACACAGAAAAAGAAAAAAAAAUCAUGAAAACACCCAGAUUCCCUGCACGGAGUCGAGCAGACACACAUGUGCAGUCUCCCCUUCUUCUUUUAUAAAUCCCUCCUCUGUGGUUCAUUUCACCGUCUCCUAGACCAUCUUUCAUCCUCUCCUGCCUCCUCUUUCUCUUUCUGAAUGGCUUUUGCAACAACGAAAAGAGCUCAGCUGGACUCAAACCCAUAAAUUCUAUUUGGCGAGCAAAUUUUACGAGACUUUACCAAGAAAACGUUUUAGGGUUUCUUCAACGAGACAGAAAACUUCCAAAAAGUCUAAAUGGCACGGCUGGUUCUUCAAUCUCAAAGUAGUCGUGUUUUCUAAAAUGCUGCUACCCACUUGUAAAUAUAUAUCUCUUUGCUGGUAGUGUGUACAUAUGUAGAAAACUAACCCCUGCUAGUUAAAGGUACUGCUAUUUUAACCAAAUAUGUGAUUGUUUAAAAUUAAAUUUGCCAUCUAAAAUGUUAUAUUAACAUUUCAUUUCUUUUGUUUGGUGUAGAAACCUUUUCUAGAAGACUAAUCCAAAUUUAUAGCCAAUGAUCUUCACUCUCACUUUUUAACCUGUGGGGCAAAAAUUUCAACAAGUGGAAUCAGUCAGCUGAAGCCUUGGAUAAAACAUGGCUGUGUUUAUACCUCACUCCUUGUUUGCAUCUUGCUAUUCAAAGUUGUACUCUAUCCUACCACACUUGUACUCUCAUAAUGUACUCAUAUAUACAUAAGUGUAGAUAUAUAAAUAUAUAUUCACACAUAUACAUGCAUAAUCUCACAGAUCACUCUGCUUUUGAAGCAGUGGAACAUCUUAAACGUGGGAAAUUGUGUCAUUUCGGCUGGAACAGCUUUUGCUGAGCUGAAAAGUCAAAAUUUCUCUGUUAAAGGAAUAGUUGAUCCCCAAGCAGCAGAGCUGCUCCCUUGUAUGUCAGUCAGGACUUCACAGGUUUGUUCUUCAAAGUCAGUGUCACUACAGUCGUUUAAAAUCAGUUAAUCUCACGUUUCCAGUAUAGAAUAAAAUCAGCAGUUUUCCAUCUUUAACAAACCUUUUAUCUCCAUUGUGAUCCCUAAGACUCAUGAUUGUUAAUCAGCUGUUUAAUACUGCAAAAAGUGGUAGAUAUUGGACUUUCAGAUGCACAAAUCAAUAUUUCUGUACUAACCAUCUGAACUCAAAAUCUGGGGAUGAAAUUGAAAGGCUUAUGUUUAAAAAGUUGCCAAAAUUACACCAUUGAUCACACCCAGGAAGUGUAAAACCAGAAAAGUAUGUCAGGUUUGACAAUUCACGACAUAUCUAAAUGUAAUAUGCAAUUUCGCUCGGAAAAUUUCCCAAAUCUAAGCUCAGAUCACUUUAUGCUAUGCGUCUCAUUUGAAAAAAUUGCCAAAAAUGAAUAGUUUGCUUUAACCAAAUUCUAACAAAACAUUCUGUGAUUCUCGGUGCAACUUUAAAACAAAUAUGUAGGUGCGUUUUGACAAACCAUGUGUUUACACAGAGCAGACAUGUUUUGUCUAUUUUUGUAAAAUGAUUAGUGAAAAAUUCAAGUUGUUUUUUCUUUUCUAUGAUCAUUGUCCUAACUGUCUUAUACUGUACAGAGGACAUUUUUGAGUUCUUCUCCUGCAUGUAGUUGUACUGAUCCCAUGGAGGUGCAGGACUUUAUAUUGCAUUGAAAAAUGAGCCCAAAGUGAAUAAAAAUAUGAACAGAGCAGAAACUGCUUGGAGUUGAGGAUUAAUAUCUCCUUUAUAUUCCCUCUGACAUGCAGCUAAGUUCGUUUGGCUCUAGAAUAAUACAAAUAAAGGCACAAUAUUCAACUUUAAAGCUGCAUAAAUUAAUAUCUUCCUAUUAAGAAUGGACAAACUGCUCCAUAUAAUGCCAUAGUAAGCAUUUCGGUAACUAUGAUCGAACUCUUUUUCUCUUCGGCUGUGUCUUUAGUGUUUUCCGGUGCUCCCAUCUUUACUAGACGGCUGUUUUCAGUGAAAAAAACGUAUAAAUCCACAGUAAACUACCUGCUCCACGUCAACCAGCAGACAGACAGGUUCUGAAGUGUUAAACAACCUGUAUUUUCCCUCAGGAUGUGGAGACCAAAACAGCUAAAAGGAGAGUAAAUAUUGGACUUACAAACAUGUCCCUGAAUUAACCGUGAUGCUGCUUUGUGUCCACAUUGCCUGUAAAUAUGCAGCUGAACGUGUCUGCCCUAACGGCUCUGAAACAUCGGCUUAGUGACUAAUUCCAGCAUCCACUGUUAAAUUCUUUGUUGCAUGUCAACUUCAUCUUUCUCUACUGUUGUUUCCUGUUAACUCUAAAUUGCCAGUUAAAUACAAAAUGUGUUAAACAUUUGUUUUGCCGCCCAAGUGUGACAUUAUGCAGGUGAAAAUUAAAGUGUUUAGACAAAGAAAGACUGAUGUUAACCUCAUUUACUCAGAAAAGAUGAAAGUGUUGUAAACUGCAGGCAUGCAGGAGGUGGCUUUGUCUUUAAUUUAGGGGGAACUAUUCCUUUAAGAUCGAUCCACGCUGCAAAAUCUGUCUGUGGAAAUCAUUGCGACACACUCACACACACACACACACCAAUCAGAAUGUAAUAUUUCACUCAGUUGAACUUCGGUUUGGGGCCAGACUUCAGACACUCAGUCACUUCUUGCCUUUGUGCUCAGUUUAGAAUGUGUUUUAUCUGUUUGGAUUAUUUCCUCCUCAUAAAUAAAAAGAUGUUUUCCUGCAGAAUGGCUUCCAGGCAGGUGGUCAGGCUUCUCUGUGAAUCCGCUGAAGACAGGUAGACAACAAAGACUGCACAAAGGGUUUUAUCUCUAGCUACUGACUCUUCUCCCUCCUGGUUAAAAAAACAGGAUUAAAAUGUUGCUAAACAGGAGAAAAAUGUAAUAAAAUUGGGCGUUAAUAGAUUUAUCUCCUGCUGAAACGGUUUUGUAAAGAAAAUAAUGAUUUUGAUACGUCAGUCAAGCAAAUUACCACAACAUUCACUGGUUCCAACUUUGCAAAUGUGAUUGUUGACUAUUUUUCUGAUUUGACGUCAGUUUAAUGGAAACGAUUAGGACUGUUACUUUGACAAAGCAAAACAUCCUACCUGGAAAAGGUGAAGCUGAAACUGGGACGUGCAUGUUAAUGUACUGACUGACUCGAUGAGACGGAUGUUAGAGGUUUGGCCCACAUUAAAAAGCCUGUUAACCUUCCACCACCUCACAUGCUGCUCUCGUGUUUUCAUUCAUUCAUUCAUUCAUUCAUUCAUUUAAACCAGCUACAAAUACACAGCAUCACUUUUCUACUCCAGAGAAAACACCUUAAAAAAAAAAAAGAAGCUUUGUGUCAACGAUAAUUGCAGUAUCUAUCAUGUCAUUGACCAUAUUUUAAAAUGCUGUAAUGUAAGCUCACUUCUUCAUCUUCCUCAUCAUCUUCCUCUCACCCAUCAAACCUCAAACUCACAAAGAUGCUGGUAGGUCACAAGCGAGUGUAAAAGACACUUGUGUAUUUAAAUUGUCCUCUCUCUCUCUCUUUUUUUUGUACAGUUAAACACGUCACGUUUUUUUCAAUUUUAGACAACGUUCCAGACAUAUGUAGCAACUCUGUGGCCGUUACACCCGCCGCAUACUACUUCUUUUUAAAUCUUCAAAAGUUACGAGAUUUUUUUUGUUUUGUCCGUACAUCAUGAUUAUAACUGUUUAGCUGUGGUUUGUUGUUUUGGGUUGUUUUUUUUUUUUUAAUUUCAUGACAUUGUGCUUCCUAGUGACUAGGCCAUUAGUACACCACACUGGGGAGGCCUCCUCAACCAUACACACUACCUCUCCGUCUGCCUGCACGGACUCAAACACUCAAAUGCAUGAACACGAGCACUCGGUGUGUCAGGCUGCAGCAGAGCAGAUUGCAGAAACGAAAUCUGGACUCAAAAAUCAAAAUUAAACCCUCCACAUCUCACUGAUGUUUCUGAAACCCAAAGUGACAAAUGAUUCGUGGUGAUGCUUUUUUAGUUUGCCAAAGCGGCCGACGUUCAGGCUAGUGCGUUUUUAUUUGGGGUUGCAGCUGAAUUAUUUCUGCUUUGUUUUCCCGCUUCUGAAGCAGCAGCUCUGUAGUACUUUGCUCAAAAAGAUAUUCCUCUAGAAAAGACCGACUUGUGGCUACAAAUCAGGUGCCAAAAUUCUGCGCUGCUCGCCACGUAGUUUCAAUGUUGAUCUGAUGAGUCAAAGCGGGCGCUUGUGUAUUAUAAAACGAUCAGUGUGGCCUGCAAUUACCAUGGAAGGAGUGUUGUUCAGAUGGCCUCUUUAAGUGCAAGUAUGUUAUUGUUGUUCUUGAUAAUCACUUGAUCUGAGUUUAAUUUUGUAACGUGGAAAUAGUUCAAAACUGGAUUUUUUUAUAUAUACGUAUAUGAAUAUAAUGCUGUAAAGUGCAGUCAUGAAUUAAGAGAUUUCUCUUUCACAUCAAAACAGUUAAAAAGAAUAAAACCACAGUGAAAUUA